AAGACGGCCCCCCUCUCUCGGCCCGGCCAUCUUGUGGGAAGAGCUGAAGCAGGCGCUCUUGGCUCGGCGCGGCCCGCUGCAAUCCGUGGAGGAACGCGCCGCCGAGCCACCAUCAUGCCUGGCCACUUACAGGAAGGCUUCGGCUGCGUGGUCACCAACCGAUUCGACCAGUUAUUUGACGACGAAUCGGACCCCUUCGAGGUGUUGAAGGCAGCAGAGAACAAGAAAAAAGAAGCCGGCGGGGGCGGCGUUGGGGGCCCUGGGUCCAAGAGCGCAGCUCAGGCCGCAGCUCAGACCAACUCCAACGCGGCAGGUAAACAGCUGCGUAAAGAGUCCCAGAAAGACCGCAAGAACCCACUGCCUCCCAGCGUUGGCGUGGUUGACAAGAAAGAGGAGACGCAGCCGCCCGUGGCGCUGAAGAAAGAAGGAAUAAGACGUGUUGGAAGAAGACCUGAUCAGCAACUUCAGGGUGAAGGGAAAAUAAUUGAUAGGAGACCAGAAAGGCGACCACCUCGUGAACGACGAUUCGAAAAGCCACUUGAAGAAAAGGGUGAAGGAGGAGAAUUUUCAGUUGAUAGACCGAUUAUUGACCGGCCUAUCCGAGGCCGCGGUGGUCUUGGAAGAGGCCGAGGAGGCCGUGGACGUGGAAUGGGCCGAGGAGAUGGAUUUGAUUCUCGUGGCAAACGUGAAUUUGAUAGGCAUAGUGGAAGUGAUAGAUCUUCUUUCUCACAUUAUAGUGGCCUGAAGCAUGAGGACAAACGUGGAGGUAGCGGAUCUCACAACUGGGGAACUGUCAAAGAUGAAUUAACAGAGUCCCCAAAAUACAUUCAGAAACAAAUAUCUUAUAAUUGCAGUGACUUGGAUCAAUCAAAUGUGACUGAGGAAACACCUGAAGGUGAAGAACAUCCAGUGGCAGACACUGAAAAUAAGGAGAAUGAAGUUGAAGAAGUAAAGGAAGAGGGUCCAAAAGAGAUGACUUUGGAUGAAUGGAAGGCUAUUCAAAAUAAGGACCGAGCAAAAGUAGAAUUUAAUAUCCGAAAACCAAAUGAAGGUGCUGAUGGACAGUGGAAGAAGGGGUUUGUUCUUCAUAAGUCAAAGAGUGAAGAGGCUCAUGCGGAAGAUUCGGUUAUGGACCAUCAUUUCCGGAAGCCAGCAAAUGAUAUAACAUCUCAGCUGGAGAUCAAUUUUGGAGACCUUGGCCGCCCUGGACGUGGUGGCAGGGGAGGACGAGGUGGCCGUGGGCGUGGUGGACGUCCUAACCGUGGCAGCAGGACUGACAAGUCAAGUGCUUCUGCUCCUGAUGUAGAUGACCCAGAGGCAUUCCCAGCUCUGGCUUAACUGGAUGCCAUAAGACAACCCUGGUUCCUUUGUGGACCCUCCUGUCUGAGGUUUUGCAUGCUUAAGGAUCCCAAACGACUAAGAAAUUAAAAAAAAAAAAAGACUGUCAUUCAUACCAUUCACACCUAAAGACUGAAUUUUAUCUGUUUUGAAAAUGAACUUCUCUCGCUACACAGAAGUAACAAUAUGGUAGUCAGUUUUGUAUUUAGAAAUGUAUUGGUAGCAGGGAUGUUUUCAUAAUUUUCAGAGAUUAUGCAUUCUUCAUGAAUACUUUUGUAUUGCUGCUUGCAAAUAUGCAUUUCCAAACUUGAAAUAUAGGUGUGAACAGUGUGUACCAGUUUAAAGCUUCCACUUCAUUUGUGUUUUUUAAUUAAGGAUUUAGAUGUUCCCCCCAAUUACAAACUGGUUUUAAAUAUUGGACAUAGUUUUAAUACCUGCUUUGCAUUUUCACACAUGGUCUACUGGGACAUGUAAACUUUGAUUUGUCAAAUUUUAUGCUGUGUGGAAUACUAACUACUUUAUGUAUUUUACCUUAGUUUUAAUAUUUUCAUUUCUGGGGAAAAAUCUUUUCAUUUCUCAUGAAAGCUGUUAUAUAUGCUAAAUCUUUAUAUACAGAAAUAUCAGUACUUGAACAAAUUCGAAGCACAUUGAUUUAUUAACUCUUGCUCCUGCAUGGUUCAUUAGGUUCAAAUUAUUGAUUAACAAUUUCAACUAUCCUUCUAAAAUGAGUGGCUUUCCCCUUCCCAAAACCAGACUGCACAUCUUACUGCUGAAACUUAUUUAAACUGCUUAAUGUUGAUAGAGAUAUCCUGUCAAGUGAAGUAGUUUUGUGGGUACUGGGUUUUUCCCUCCAGCAGAGUGGGUGGAACAAAUUAAUUUGGCUAAUGGGAAAUAGUCGAUCCAUUAUGUAAAAUAAGUGGCCACUUGGUAUGAUUUAUGUGUGUGAAAGGUCCCAAAUCAAAAUUGUAUGUCCAUAAUCAACUCCUAACCCUUUCCUUGUUCUAAAGAAACCAAAGGGCACUGGUUAGUAUGGUGAUAUGGGGGAGUAUUAUAAUUUUUGGUAUUUGGAAAGCAGACAGCUUCGCUUUAUAAGGUUGGAACAGCAGCAUCAUCCAUGAAACAGAAACCAAAAAUCUUAACGUUUCUGAAUUUCCUAUAUUGCUAUAAUUUUGGUCUUAAGUUCAAGUUCAUAGAUAACUGUUCCACAGAAGAUAAGUAUCUUUUCCCUCUUCCUCCAUUGGAAAAUUAAGUUAAUGGAUUCUUUGAAUUGGGAACAUCACCACUUACUAAAACAUACAUGGAGAGAAAGGUCAAAUAAACAGGUUUUGUAGGAUCUUUGUUCAAUCUGCCACAUAAUUGAUAACAGGAAAAGGGAUUUUAUUUAUAGUUUUAAAGACCUUUUUAUCACUUAAUAAUUUUUAGUGAGUUUUCCACUUACAUAUGGUUAUGUCCAGUCUUAAAAAUAUUGAAGAUCAUUGAAGAUCUUAAAUCAUAAUUGUCUGUGUAGCUGGUUAGUUCUCCAUAUACUUAAAGUACAAGAGUUAACUCAUUUGAAUUUGUUAAUCUUAGUUGCCAACUAGUUUGACAUCUUAGAAGGAGAUUAAUUGGUUCUCAAUGAUGGAUAAACUUGUGCUGGUAUUUUGGAUCUUAUGAUGCUGAGCAUGUUCUGCACUGGUGCUAAUGUCUAGCGUAAUUUUGUAUUUAAAAACAUACCUGCUACCCAGAGGCGAGUAUUAAUUUAGUCCAUAUGGACUAUUGACCCCUCUUGAGAUUGUAACGUACACACUCCUAAAUCAGUGUGUUUAGAUUUUCAAGUACCUUAACUUGUUUCUGGACAUGUAACAUGUUUAUAAACAUCUUGAUUUCUAGCAACAUAGAGAAAACACCUGCUUAUUAAAAAUGCUUCACAAAUUCUUUCUGUCAGCCACUGCUGGCAUUCUGUCACUAGAAAAUAUACAGCAAUAUUUGGUAUGUUGCAAGCUUUCAAGAUAGCCUGAACUUUAAAAAGUUGGUCCAUUAGUUGUAUCUGAUGGAUGUUAAUUUGCCUCCUAGUUCACUUUGUGUCAAGAGCUAAAACUGUGAACCUAACUUUUCUCUUACUGGUGGGUAAUAAUUGAAAAUAAAGAUUUAUUUUCAUGCUCACUUCUUAAAAGUCAUAAAAGCAAUCAAAUAGGAGCCCAUUUAUUGUCAUGUGUUUUCUGAUGUGUGUGUGCAUCUUCAAGAUAAUGCUCACAUUUCAUUUUUUCCUGUUAUAUUACAUAGACUUUAUGUGGGAUUCUUAUUUGUAAACUCAGGCUAUCAAUGAGUUAGAAAGUUGAAGUCUUGUAAAAUGAGUUUCAAGGGUUAAUGUGACAAUUAGCAUUUUUCUUAGCAAAUCACCUUUUGAAUGUAAUAAUCACACUGAACUGAAUGCCCUUACCAUCCCUUUGACAAACGGUAUAAUCUGAAACCCCCAAUGGAUACAGAUCUCUAAAUAAUGUUAAUUGGUUGAGUGUUUUAGUGUACUCUUUGAUUCUUCUAAAUGGGAAUGCCAGAGCUGAUGUUUGUUUUCAGCUUGCAUUGAAAUGACUAGAGUAUUUCUCUUUUUUUUUGUUAACAUUAUUUUGAGACCUUGUGGAGUGAUGAAAGAUUUUUCAAUAUCACCAGGUGCUAUACAUGUAAUGAUUAUAUUUGAAAAUGAAAGGAGGACACAGCAACCCCAGGGUCAUAAAAAUAUGGGGGGGCUUAUAUUUUGGUUUGAGUUUGGAGGGAAUAUUAAGAACUCACUCUAAUUUUGUUAUUUUUCUAACUUCUAGAGAUAGUGGCACUGAAAUAGAAAAGUAUUACUCUUAUGCUAUAGAAAAUUAAGGGAGAUUCAAACAAAGCAAAUACUGGAUGUUGGAUUUUUGAAAUACACCUUUUAAGAGCACAAGCAUUAUGUAGCAGGAACCAAACAAGUAUUAAAAUACCUUUUUUUUUUAAAAAAAAAUGGAGAAAUGUUAAGCUGCUAGAAACUGACAGAUUUUGAGUUUAAGGUAAGAUUGUAACAUAUGUUGAAAUGAUAGUGAAGUAUUGAAUAGCAAAUUUUGGGGCUCUGAGAUAGUUACGCAAUUCUACUUUCUAGUGAAAGUAAAUCUCAGAAAAUAGAUUCUAACCCCAUUAUAAAUUCCUGAAAUUAACAUGUAGAUAAGUGGCCAAGGAUCUAACUUGCUCUCCAAGUUAACUAUAGAAAGAAAGCCCAGUAUUUUAUUACUAGGAUGCUUUGCAGAGUAUAUCUAGUAAAGGCAGUAUAAUCUCAUCAAACUUGGCAGACUCUAGUAUUAGUGAA